GAGACCUGGGACACCGAGGCGAAGGGGAGAGCUCAUUCCACUACACGGCAGUCCUCCAUGGCUCUGUGCAACGGAGACAGCAAGCUGGAGGUCAGCAGCGCAGAGCAGAAUGGGUCAUGUGAGGGAGCGGUGGCCAUCCUAGAUGCAGGAGCCCAGUAUGGGAAGGUGAUUGACAGGCGGGUGCGAGAGCUGUGUGUACGCUCUGAGAUCCUCCCCUUAGAGACCCCGGCCUUUGCUAUAAGAGAACAGGGCUACAGGGCAAUCAUUAUUUCAGGAGGUCCAGCUUCUGUGUAUGCAGAAGAUGCCCCCUGGUUCGACCCUGCCAUAUUCACUAUAGGAAAGCCUGUCCUUGGGAUUUGCUAUGGAAUGCAGAUGAUGAAUAAGGUUUUUGGCGGCACAGUCCACAGAAAGAGUGUAAGGGAGGAUGGAGUGUUCAGUAUUGGCCUGGACAACACUUGUUCCCUUUUCAGAGGCCUUCAGAAGGAGGAGCUGGUCCUGCUUACCCAUGGAGACAGUGUAGACAAAGUGGCUGAUGGCUUCAAAGUGGUGGCCCAAUCAGGGAACAUCAUUGCUGGCAUCGCCAACGAGCAAAAGAAGCUGUAUGGGACACAGUUUCACCCCGAGGUUGACCUAACGGAGCGAGGCAUGGAGAUGCUGCGUAACUUCCUCUUUGAGAUUGCAGGAUGCACAAGUAACUUCACUGUACAGAACCGCCAACAGACCUGCAUCAAUGAGAUCAGAGAAAAAGUAGACAAGUCUAAAGUUCUGGUGCUACUGAGUGGUGGAGUAGACUCAACAGUUUGCACAGCCCUUCUCAACAAAGCUCUGAACCAGGACCAGGUGAUAGCAGUUCACAUUGACAAUGGCUUCAUGAGGAAGAGAGAGAGUCAGAGUGUGGAGGAGGCCCUCACCAAGCUGGGCAUCAAACUCAAAGUGGUAAAUGCAGCACACACUUUCUAUAAUGGAACAACAACCCUUCCCAUCUCUGACGAGGACAGGACGCCACGGAAACGCAUCAGCAAGACCUUGAAUAUGACCACCAACCCUGAGGAGAAAAGGAAAAUUAUUGGAGACACGUUUGUCAAAGUGGCAAAUGAAGUGAUUGGAGAGAUGAAUCUGAAGCCCGAAGAGGUUUUCCUGGCCCAGGGUACCUUGAGGCCUGACCUCAUUGAGAGUGCCUCUCAUCUUGCCAGCGGCAAGGCGGAGGUCAUCAAAACACACCACAACGACACUGAGCUCAUCCGCAAACUCAGAGAUGAGGGAAAAGUAAUCGAACCACUGAAAGAUUUCCAUAAAGAUGAGGUCAGAGCGCUGGGCAGAGAGUUGGGUCUGCCAGAAGAGAUUGUCUCUCGGCAUCCAUUCCCUGGUCCUGGUUUGUCCAUCAGAGUGAUUUGUGCAGAGGAGCCUUACAUCUGUAAGGAUUUUGCUGAAACAAACAACAUCCUCAAAAUCAUUACAGACUUCUCUGCAAGUGUCAAAAAGCCCCAUGCCUUGCUGCAGAGAGUCAAGUCAUGCAUAUCGGAUGAGGAGGAGGAGAAGCUCAUGCAGAUCACCAGCCUUCAUUCACUCAAUGCCUUCCUGCUGCCCAUCAAAACUGUUGGUGUCCAGGGUGACUGCCGGUCCUACAGUUACGUGUGUGGCGUCACAAGUAAAGAAUCUCCACACUGGGAAUCGCUCAUGUUCCUGGCCAGACUCAUCCCUCGCAUGUGCCAUAGCAUCAAUAGAGUUGUGUAUGUAUUUGGAUCCCAUGUGAAGGAGCCGCCAACAGACAUUACCCCAACUUUCCUGACCACAGGCGUUCUGAGCACGCUCAGACAGGCUGACUUUGUAGCUCAUUCUAUUCUUAGAGAGUCUGGCUAUUCCGGCAAGAUCAGUCAGAUGCCGGUCAUCCUCACCCCCCUGCACUUUGACCGUGACCCGCUGCAGAAGCAGCCGUCUUGCCGGCGCUCCGUGGUGGUCCGCACCUUCAUCACCAGCGACUUCAUGACAGGCAUCCCAGCCAUGCCGGGCAACCAUAUCCCAGAGGAGGUGGUGCUGAAGAUGGUAAAUGAGAUCAAGAAAAUCCCAGGCAUCUCCAGAGUCAUGUAUGAUCUGACCUCCAAACCACCCGGCACCACAGAGUGGGAAUGAAGUGCAAACAUGGCAUCGAAGCAACACGCACUCACACACACACACACACUGCACAAACACACUCAACAGAUUACAGUGAGGGCUGGUGAACUGCUCUCCUUUUCUAUCCUUCCUCCUUUACCCUCCUCCCCUUCUCCUUCCACCUCCCUCCUGUACCUCCCCCCUCUCUUCAACAUUCCCAUGGACGGCAGACCGUACUGUGACUGGUGCACACGCAAAGGCGCCACUGCUCUGCUCUCCCCCACCACUUUUCCCUGGUCUUAAUAUUUUUGGCGAUAGGGAUUAAUUAAUGUCAGUUAUUGAUAAUAUAUUGUCAUUUUUGAUUCAUGUACCACAAUGCAUUUCCUCGCUGUGAUGAAAAGGUAAAUUGCUGCUUCCUUUUGUGAGGUCACCCAUUAAAGGCAAGUGGCGAGAAGCUGUGAAAGUUCAGUAAGUGGACUUGAUGUCGUGCCUCAGGAUGCAUUAUAGGAUGAGUAAAACAUAAAAACAAGCAAACGACAAGUGUCAUGAAAAGAAGCGACAGCAGAAGGCGGGGAGGAGUUUGAAAAUUGUCAUUGUUUAUUUUCGUCGGAUGUUUUUGUUUUACUGUUGUAGGUCAGAAUGUUCUCAGCCUAAGACUAUCCUCUCAAUUCGUUCAGUUUCACUUUCUGCCUGUAUACUGUGCUAUGACGAAGGUCGUCUGAACAGACAGCCUAUGUGACCAAUCAACAAUUUUUAAGCUUUUUGUUUUGCCAAAAGUAGAAUAUGCUGUAGUUAUCUAUAACAUUGUGGGUUCCUGACGAUCUUCUCCAAGCUACAUUUGUCGACAAGAGCUGUUGACUUGUUGCCGUACCCAUCGUGGACGGCAGUCAACCCAAGAAUAGCUUCGGUGUAAUGACUCGUGCAGCUGUGGAGGAGGCCAAUAUGAUGGGUAACUUUGUAUGUGCCUGUUCUGUUCUUGGUUUUUCUUUGGUGUGACCUGACCUGGACUCUGAUGUUUCCAGAAAGGAGGAUAUAACACUGUUUCUCCUCAUGCUGCAAUAUGUAUGCUUUUUAUGAAGAAGAAUAAAAAGGCAAGAGGACUAAUAACAAAAUUAUAAGUACAGUAGAGUUUAUAACCACAUUGUGUCAGUUGCUGUUGUCACUUCAUCAUGAUUUGGCUGCUCUUUUGUUGUGCCGGGGCACAUUUUUUUGCACGUUGUCUUGUUCACUCAUAAAGCCUUGGUGCUUUAUCAGCAUAACAAAUCAGACAUCCAGUGGAAACUUCACCACCUUAAGUGUGUCACUCUGUAGUGUCAAAGGUCAAGUUAAGAGUACCGUCUGUUGCCAUCUCCAGCAUAAGUUCACUGUGUCUCAAAAAGGCAUUACUGCUUCAUGUAUUUGUGUUCUGUACUGUCAGAACAUUCAGCGCAUCAUAAUCUUUAGUCUUGUCGUUUAAACCUCAGUGGAUACAGUGCUCAGGUUUAACUGAGUUUUAAAAAGUGUAUUGUACCCCGUUAGAGACAUUUCACUCAGAUGUGGUGGUUCUCAUGCCUCCAGAAUUUGUUUUUGUGCCUCUCAUCCCUCUGUUAUAUCCUUAACCUUUAGUGGCAAAAUACUCCUAAUGCAAAAUGAAUGGUUUUCCUAACUUGUCUUAACUGCUAUUAGUGUUUCUCCCUCUGUUCUGCCUUUAUUUUGUGUAUUUUUUGUUACAUAUGUCUUCAUAGAAAGCAACCGCUAAUAAUGGUCAUAUUACUUUGUAGUUGAAUUUAAUUGAAAUAUCAAUAAGAUUAAGUUAUGCAAUUUUAUGUCUGAAAUUUUUUGUUUUUGUUUUUUCAUUUUUGGUCAACAAUGCUCAUUCUCCUUAGUAACGUGCCUCAAACCAAGCCACUGCAUGCAGUUUCAACUAUGACAUUUGUACAAUGGAAAACUGAGCUUUAAUAAAGAUCUCAAUGUUGAAACUUC